UUUAUUACUUUGAAUAAUUAUAUUUUGUGAUUUUAAUCGUCUAUUAUAUCACAAUGUAUCAUAUAAACAAAUCCAAUAUUUAUAACUAAUUGGACUUAUAUUAUGAAAGCAUUAUACUAAUAUAUGAAUAAACUAUUUUAUAUUUUAUUUAUAUGUUAUAUAAAUUGAUUAUGAUGUGUGAUUUUUUAUUUUAUUAUUUAUUACUUAUAAAUAUUAAAAAUAUUGAGUAUGUUAAUACGAAAUAUAUUAGGAAAUUUAUUUUGGUUAUGAUUUGAUAAAGGAAAUCUAUUAUUUAAAUUUUGGAAAGAUAUUAAAUGCUUAAAUCUAUGAUUUAAAUUAGGAAAAGACAAGCAUGCUUAAAUAUAGGUUCAAUAAAUACAUCAAUGGCAUUCUAAUGUAAAUAAGUAGUAAAACUAAGGGGUAUUUCUAUUUUGUACUUCUGUUUUAAUAAAGUAGAUAGGCACACAAUACUCCUCUUCCCGUAAAUACCUCACCAUCAUCAAAACCAUUUGCACUUGCUGCGACUUUGUCGGCUUCACCUACCAAAUGUCCGACGGUGUUGUCAGACUUGUCCUCUCCAAGACUUGCACCGAUCCUCCUCCUGCAUCUGUACGUCGAUUCUCCCCCUUUCUAUUUUAUUAAUUAUUCUGUUAUUUUUAAUAAUAUUAAUUUUCUGCUUGUAUUUUGUCGUUUAUUACAGCGGUUCUUGCUUUCUGUUACGGAGAAGGUAUAAAUUAUUAUGUUUUUUUUUUGUAACUGAUAAAUUAUUAUGUUACAUAGACUUAUAGAUCAUUGCUUCUAAGUCUUUUGAAAAUGUAUUUACUCUUCUCUCUAUCUGAUCUCGUAGGUCUCUCUGGCGAUAACACGGAUGACCAUGGAAAGGUGUAUGAGUCGAAGCAGCUCGAAAACGGCAGUCUAUACGUGCGUUUAGACAUGCCUGGCGUUCCCAAAGACAACUUUGCUGUCACAGUCGCUAACGGGAUAGUGAAGGUGACUGGUCAAGCUCCUUCCGUUAGCCACGACUCUGCUGGUCGGUUCUACUCUGGUGACGUGGCUAUGCUCUCAGCUCCUGUCAACAUUCCUAGCCGUCGGAUCAAAACAAUCGCCAAGAACGGUGUGAUUCGCCUCCUCAUCCCUCCCCUUUGAUUUCAUGAUAUGUAUGUUUCUAGACCUUUUUGUUGGGAUUAAGCGCUUUGAUGUUUUUUAAUUUCGACUACUUUUGGAUAUGUUGCAAAAAAAAAGAGACAUUACUUUAUUUUGUGUAACGUCCUACGCUUUAUGCGCGACUCUUCUCUUUAAGUUAGUAGAUUAGCUAUCAUCAAAAUGCGAGACUCUUUGAAUGAAUCUCCGCAUCAAGCCUUCUCACUUCUUUGUCAGCCUUGCGAUUCUGUUAUAUUUCAGCUACCAAAAAUGUUCUCUAACUUCAAUGCUACCAUCAAAUGAACGGGCAUCAUCAAUGCUUCUUAUAGUUCAAAAUAAAGCUGGGAGUAUUCGUUGUUAAGAUUUUGCGAAACAAAUUUUAUUAAUUCUAUCCCGCUAAACACAAUGUAUACAUGCAAGAUAAAAAAUUAAAAGCGAUUUGUUUUCGUGACAAAGUUAAGAAUUUUGUAAAAUUAAGUUUAACAUAUAAAUUUUCGUGACAAAUAUGAAAAAUCAUAGAUUUUUGUACAAUUUUGACAAAACAACUCAAAACAUAGUUCUCUAAUGUCUUAAUAAAAUAUUAUUUAAGGGUGCAAUAAUUAAAUAUAUCAAUUCAAUAAAUUUUGUAAUUUAUAGACAAAACAAUAACACAACAAAUUUUGAAACAUUGUUUAACCUAUGAAUUUCUUUUUAUGAGAAUCCAACUAAACAAGAUAAAAAAAAAUUAGAUUUAUUUAAUUACCAUUUUAUUCAGUUUUGAUUAAUUUCAAAUUGUAAUAAUGUAUCUUUUUGAAGUUACAAAAAAUAAUAUUCUUUUUUUAUUACACUAGCAAUAUAUAUAGAUUUCAUAUACACAAAUAAAUAUAAUAUAACAACAUAAGCU